CGGGCGCGAUGGCGGAGGCCGGGCCGCAGGCGCCGCCGCCCCCGGGCACCCCAAGCCGGCAUGAGAAGAGCCUGGGGCUUCUUACCACCAAGUUCGUGUCACUUCUGCAGGAGGCCAAGGACGGCGUGCUUGACCUCAAGCUGGCAGCUGACACCCUAGCUGUGCGCCAGAAGCGGCGGAUUUAUGACAUUACCAACGUGUUGGAAGGUAUUGGGCUGAUUGAGAAGAAAUCCAAGAACAGCAUCCAGUGGAAGGGCGUGGGGCCUGGCUGCAACACCCGGGAGAUUGCCGACAAGCUGAUCGAGCUCAAGGCAGAGAUCGAGGAGCUGCAGCAGCGGGAGCAGGAGCUGGACCAGCACAAGGUGUGGGUGCAGCAGAGCAUCCGGAACGUCACGGAGGACGUGCAGAACAGCUGCUUGGCCUACGUGACUCAUGAGGACAUCUGCAGAUGCUUUGCUGGAGACACCCUCCUGGCCAUCCGAGCCCCGUCGGGCACCAGCCUGGAGGUGCCCAUCCCAGAGGGUCUCAAUGGGCAGAAGAAGUACCAGAUUCACUUGAAGAGUGUGAGUGGCCCCAUCGAGGUACUGCUAGUGAAUAAGGAGGCGUGGAGCUCCCCACCCGUGGCUGUGCCCGUGCCGCCACCUGAAGAUCUGCUCCAGAGUCCACCUGCUCUUUCUACCCCUCCGCCUCUGCCCAAGCCUGCCCCAGCCCAGCCCCAGGAAGCCUCACGGCCAAGCAGUCCCCAGCUGACCGCCCCUGCCCCUGUCUCGGGCAGCACCGACAUUCAGGGGGUGGCCGACCCAGCAGCUGAGAUCACAGUGAGUGGUGGCCCUGGAACUGAGAGCAAGGACAGUGGUGAGCUCAGCUCCCUCCCCCUGGGCCCGACGACGCUGGACACCCGGCCACUACAGUCCUCUGCCCUGCUGGACAGCAGCAGCAGCAGCAGCACCAGCAGCACCAGCAGUUCGUCCGCACUCAACCCUUCUACCUCCUUUGAGCCUAUCAAGGCAGACCCCACAGGCGUUCUGGAACUCCCUAAAGAGCUGUCAGAGAUCUUCGAUCCCACACGAGAGUGCAUGAGCUCAGAGCUGCUGGAGGAGUUGAUGUCCUCAGAAGUGUUUGCCCCCCUCCUCCGUCUUUCUCCGCCCCCUGGAGACCACGAUUACAUCUACAACCUGGACGAGAGUGAAGGUGUCUGUGACCUCUUUGAUGUGCCUGUUCUCAACCUCUGACUGACAAGGGACAUGCUGUGUGUGGCUGGGACCCAGACUCUCUGACCUGGGGACCCCCUCCCCCCACCCCUGCAUAGCUUGAGAGCCACAGACGCCUGGCUUCCCAGCCCGCCCUCACUGCGGUUUUGGCCACAACUCCCACUCUUGUAUUGGCACUUGUACUGUGCUACAGAGCAGGAGAAAGGGGCUCUGCCCCCUCCACCGUGGAGCCAAAGUGCUCACCUGUCCUUUCUUGGAGCCUUCCCGAGCCCAGGCUCCACUGCCACCCAGUGGCGCAGGCCUGCCUUCCCCUCCCCCAGGGCACCUUGUCCAGCCCCUCCCCCCUAGGAGGGAAGCAGGGGUGGAACUGGAUACCAGCACCACUCCCAGCUUCCUCUGCUGCUUCCUGCCCUGACCCCCCAGCUCCUCGUGGACCUCUUACAUGCCCCCUUCCUGCUGGGCCCCAAGCCCUAGCCCUGAGAAGCUGCAGGUGAGGGUGGGGGUGCUAACGAGAAGGAACAGAGGUCUCUUGCUAGGAGUCUGAGUGGGUAGGUCCCUGAGGAUUGGCCCAACCUCCUGCUGUCCCAUAGCCUCCCCUUCACUUCCAUUUAUUCAUUUUCCCUCAUUUAGAGCCAUUUGCAGAGAUUUAGAAAGAUUUACAGUGACGAAUGGAUUCCUAUAUAAAGAUUAUUUUUAUACUUUUUGCAGCAAAAGGAAAUUGUAAUAUUUGUACAGUGUCCAAGUGAAUAAAGACCAUGCCUAAGGCUA